AUGGGUUUUUCAGGCAUAGCCACUCUCACUCGUCACUAUGCUUUCUGCUACUCUGUAUCAGUAUCAUCAUUCUCAUCUUCACUCAUUCACAUUACUCCUUCAACAAAGCUACUCACCAGAAAACUCUCUCUUCCCAUCAGAAUGUCUUCUACAAAUCCCAAUGUCAAGAAACACAUUUCACCCUAUGGUUCUUGGAAGUCUCCCAUCACCGCUGAUAUCGUUUCUGGAUCCACUAAACGCCUCGGUGGCUUUUCGGUUGAUUCACUUGGUCAUCUUUUCUGGCUAGAAUCUCGACCUACAGAGUCCGGACGAGCGGUUAUUGUGAAGGAACCAGGGAAACCAGGGGAAGACCCUAUAGAUGUAACUCCUAAAGAUUUUGCUGUGAGGACGUUGGCUCAGGAGUAUGGUGGUGGUGAUUUUUGUAUACAAGGAGACAUUUUGAUCUUCUCUAAUUACAAGGAUCAGAGACUUUAUAAACAGUCCAUUUUGUCCAUAGAUUCUGCUCCGUUGCCCCUCACUCCAGAUUAUGGCGGACGAAGUGUAUGCUAUGCUGAUGGAGUGUUUGACUCUCGCUUUAACCGUUAUGUGACAGUGAGAGAAGAUCAACGUGAAAGUGGUAUAAAUGCGAUUACCACAAUUGUGUCUAUCGAUCUGAGCAGUAACAGCGAUCAAGAACCAAGGCUGUUAGUUGGGGGCAAUGACUUUUAUGCUUCUCCUCGGAUUGACCCCAAAGGGGACCGUAUGGCAUGGAUUGAAUGGGGUCACCCAAAUAUGCCAUGGGACAGAUCAGAGCUUUGGGUUGGUUAUAUAUCAGAAAAUGGGGAUGUGCAAAACCGCAUUUGUGUUGCUGGUGGUGAUCCUAGUCUUGUGGAAUCUCCUACUGAACCCCUAUGGUCUUCUCAAGGGGAGCUGUACUUUGUAACUGACAGGAAAAGUGGGUUUUGGAAUAUCUACAAAUGGGUAGAGUCUUCUAACGAGGUGCUACCAGUUUACUCCCUCGAUGCUGAGUUUACAAGACCCUUAUGGGUAUUUGGGAUGAAGUCUUAUGACUUUCUUAAGAACCACGACCAAGAUACUUUAAUUGCCUGCAGUUACAGGGAGAAUGGGAAGUCAUAUCUUGGAGUUUUGGAUGUUAACCUAGGCAAAAUAUCAGUGCUUGAUAUUCCUUUCACAGAUAUAAACAACAUAACUUCUGGGGUUCAUAGCUUGUAUGUUGAAGGAGCAUCUUCUGUUCAUCCAUCGUCAAUAGCUAAGGUUACUUUGGAUGAUCAGAGAACAAAAGUAAUUGAUUUCAAGAUUAUGUGGUCGUCGUCAUCUGUUAGUGAGAUGUAUAACUCCUAUUACAGUCGGCCAGAGUUGAUAAAGUUCCCAACAGAUGUGCCCGGUCAAUGUGCAUAUGCAUACUUUUAUCCACCAACAAACACCGACUUUCAAGCUAGUCAUGGAGAAACACCUCCAUUGCUCUUGCGAAGUCAUGGAGGUCCUACAGCUGAAGCACGGGGAUGUUUAAAUCUUAGCAUUCAAUAUUGGACCAGUCGUGGUUGGGCCUAUGUGGAUGUGAAUUAUGGUGGAAGCACUGGUUAUGGCAGAGAAUAUAGAGAAAGGCUAUUGGGAAGUUGGGGAAUUGUGGAUGUUAACGACUGCUGCAAUUGUGCCAAAUUUUUGGUUGACAGUGGAAGGGUUGACGGUGAAAGACUUUGUAUUACAGGGAGUUCAGCUGGUGGUUAUACAACAUUAGCUGCACUCGCAUUUAAAGAUGUUUUCAAGGCUGGAGCUUCCUUGUAUGGUAUUGGUGAUCUGCAAUUGCUGAGAGCAGAAACUCACAAGUUCGAAUCUCACUAUACUGACAAUCUAGUUGGGGACGAGAAGGCAUAUUUUGAGAGGUCGCCUAUCAAUUUUGUAGACCACUUUUCCUGCCCCAUUAUUUUAUUUCAAGGAUUGGAGGACAAGGUAGUUUCACCUGAUCAAUCACGCAAAAUCUACCAAGCGUUGAAGGAAAAAGGGUUGCCUGUUGCACUCGUUGAAUAUGAAGGAGAGCAGCAUGGUUUCCGUAAGGCUGAAAACAUUAAAUUCACCCUUGAACAACAGAUGGUGUUCUUUGCGCGUUUGGUGGGACAUUUUGAAGUGGCUGAUGAAGUUACCCCCGUCAAAAUUGAUAAUUUUGACUGAGGUAUACAACCACCGGAUGCUCUUCGUCAUGAUAGAGUUGUUCAAUACUUGUUUGCCAUAAGUAGGAAAGUUUUGAUGAUAGGAGAGAAAGAAGCAACAAGAUGACCUAAUUUUCUGGAGGGGUAAAUAGGCAAUGCUUCUGGGGAAUAUGUGGAGAAACAUAUUGUUAUAAUAUCAUCAAGAUUUAAUGAUCAGAGAAAGAACAUAGAGUUCAUGGAACACAUGGAGUUUGUUCUUGGAAGUGUAUUACAGAUUGCUAAAUCAGGAAAAUAAGCCUUAAGGGAGAGGAAUUUGGAACUCUCUCCCU